UGUUAUUUGCUCAAUAUGUUUAUUUAGUUUGAUAAAGCACGACGCUUCGCAAAGUAGAUACGUAAACCUAAAUAUAUUUACUAUCAAUAAAAAUAAUAUAAUAUCGUAAUGGAAAUAGUACGAAUCUUUUCAAGUGACACAAAGUGGCGCAUGUUAUUUAUUAUUACAAUAUAUCUGUUACCAUUGACAUCUUCAAAGCAGUAUCGUACAGAUUAUGUGUAUAAUAGAAAAACGGAUGCGUUUUACAAAUUCCACAUGGAGGCGGUCGAGCUCCCCCGAGCGCGUGAAGUUUGCGCCAUAGAAGGGGCUUCCCUCAUGGUGCCGAGUUCUGAGGAUGACAUAUCACAAGCCCAUGGCUUGUUCAAACAAUACCCCGAUAUAGGGGACAGGGCGUGGAUAGGGAAUGACGGCAAGAAACAUGAGUCAGCUGAAGAGAUUCCUCUUAUCAACUUGGACGAAAUACACGCAACUAUAGGGGGCUACAGAUGGAUGGCUUCCUAUUGGGCUGAAUCCGACGUGAUCAAGAGAGACGGUGAGGUGCAACGUUCCGUUAGCCGCGAGUGGCUACCUUUCAUCUGCAAGGUGGACGCCAGUGACGUAGUCGAAGACAAACAGUGCAAGGUAUUCGGCAAAGGCUACAAAUACUUCGAAAACGUGGGUAGCUGUUACAGGAUCCCUCAAGCAGCAUUUCCAUGGAACGAAGCGUAUGCUGAGUGCCGCGCGCAGGGCGCUCAUCUCAUAGUUCUCAACUCUGAGCUAGAACACCAGGUCAUUCACAACUAUACCAACGAGGAACCUCCCGUAACCAGCUCUGUGGCAGACUGGUUCUUCUUCGUUGGCAUUCGAGCUGAGAAGAAAACUGAUGGCUCGCCUGUUGUGUUUCAAACUAUUUUUAAUCAAACUUUGGAGGAGGCGGGCUACAGCCAGUGGAGUGAGGGCGAGCCCAACAACUCGCACGGCCGCGAGUACUGCGUCUCGUUAUUCAAGAAUGACGGCAAGUACAACGACAUCAACUGCGCUGACAAGCUCGGUUUUAUUUGCGAAAAGGAAGUGCAAAACAAGAACUAAA